CUCUUAUGAUCUCAAUACAAUUAAUUUGCCUACUAGUAAUAGACAAGAUAACAUAAAUACUAUAAGACUCUUAACUUUUGAUAAAAAGAUGACUAAAGUACUUUAUGAAAAGCAAAGAAGAAAAAGCCAAGCACUUGAAUUAGAUUCAAAUAACUUUCAA